AUGCCGGACUCGAGCGUCGUCGGCCCGUCGAUUCCGACGACCAUCGUCAAAAAGUCGGCGUUGAAGACGACGUUGUCGGUCGGCGAGAGUGCGGCGAGCUCGUCGACGUCGACGACGUGUCCCGUCGAGACCACCAAGAAGAAGCGGUUUAGUUUGGUGCCGAUGUCGAGGCAGGAUCGAAGGGUCACUAUUAGGCCCUAUGAGAGUUUUAGGGAGCGGAAAGACGAAAAAGACGACGGCAUCACGUUCGGCUACGCGGCGCUGAGCGCAAACGAGGAUGACUCGAAACGAAGUGUGCAAUAUGAAGAUCGACCCGAAUCGCCGGCGCCUUCAAUAUUCUCGAUAUAUGGCGAUGAGCCGGGACCAUCAACGAUUUGCGAGCAGCCGAUUGGCGCGCAAGCCGACGUCUUCAUCGCAUCAUUGGGCGAGAAGAAGCUGAACCAGAUGAAGAAGUUCCUUGAGAAUAAUCCAAGAGAGGAGCACAUGUACUUCUUAUGGGUCAAAGAAGCCAAAAGCAACAAGCUCACUGUCAUAUCAAUCAAAACCUUGGAGAACCAUUUCAAAUCGAAUAAUCGCAUUCGUCGUGUGAAAUGGAGGCAUUUGUCGUCGGAGAGGGUCUCGAUAUAUCGAUACAGCUUGCCGGCGAUCACCUAUGAGAAAUCGAAAUUGUGUCGCGAAUGCGUUUGCCGACACAAGAAGUUGUUUCUGCUUCUCGUCUGGCUCGCGUUCGUCCUAUUCCUCUGCCUAGUUGUGGUCCUUGGAUCACUAUCGCCUGAGGAUCGGACCCAUCCAUUCGUCCACUAUCAUUUGCGAAACAAUUCAAUUCCGCUGGCAAACGCUUCAAUCAUCGGGUGA